AUGACCAGCACUCAAUCGGAGAAGGGCGGGGAGGAGGAGGAGGAGGAUGGGCGAAACAGCAGCACAGUGUCCAGCAAUGGUGAGGAGGGUGCUGAGGAAAAAGGUGCUGGCAAAAGUAAUGGCACACUUGGAGACGAUGACGAUGACGAUGACCAUAGAAAUGAGGAGGAGAGCACUCAGCGACUGCUUUGCGAGCCGGAGAUUGAGCUCUCCGAGAUGACCACCACCUCCACUCCCACCAACAACAACAACAGUCUCAAUCACCACAAUAACCACCGAAGCUUCUUCGGCUCUCGAGCUCGCAGUGAGGGCGAUUUGGAAGAAGGUGACGAUGAUGAUGAUGAUAACGAGGAAAAUGAUCACCACAGUCAAAGUCGAGCUCACUCUGAGCCGGGCGCCCCGACCUCAGCAGCAGCAGGAAAUCACGAUAAUAAUGAACCCGAAGAAGAGGAGGCAGAAGCAGAAAACGGACACUGGUCAGGCAGUGAGCAAGUUUCAGCUGGAGCGAGCCGUUUGCACCCGUUGGAGGAGUUGGCGUCGCUGAAGAUGGCCGCCGAGGGACAGAACUGUUUUCCGCCGCUGCCUGAGCAACUGCAGCAUCAGCAACAGCUGCUGCUGCAGCAACAUAUCAAGCUUCACCUGCAGGCGGCAAUGGAGGAACAGCAGCAGCAGCAGCAGCAGUCCAAGUCUACUAACUCCACGGAGGUUAUUGCUGCUGAAAAUCAAAAGGAGGAGGACGAAGAAGAUGAUGACCAUAAUAGUGAGCAGACCAAAUCGUUGCUUACCUGCAGCAGCAAAACGGCGGAGGAAGAAACGGCUGGUGGUGGUCUCUCCAGUGCUACCUCCAAUGGCACAAUGGUGACCACCACCACCAGUUCGUAA